AUGGCAGCAAAUAACAACCAAUACCCCAUUUCCUCGAACUCGCGCACGAAAUUGAAUGCCUUUCGCUUCCAGGACGAAGAAGAGACCCCCGGCAAUGUGAUUUCGAAGGAUGGGUCCAAUACUGCACACGGGAACAAGGAGAAUGAGAGCUCUUGGCUGAAUGGGGUGGUGGAACCGAUGCAGACUUUAUCCGACAAGAACAACCUUCAGCUUCAAGGAGCUUCUGCUGUCUCUGUGAAGGAAUUGAAGCCGGCUAAGGAAUGCCCACAGACUCCGGCAAAUAGAAUCCCUCUAGCGGACCUGAUCAGCAAUGCCGAGGACUCUUUUGACCCCGCCCCGGGACCCGAAAUAACGCCAGUUGAACAUGUUAUAUGGGAGCAUAUUCCUGCCAGCUCAAACCCAAAUACCUCGUCCCAGACACCGGCCAAGCGUCGAAGGAAGCGACGGCACGGCUCUUCAUCACCUGGCACUCCCUCCAACGGUACCUCGAAGAAGCAGAAGGAACCACUCGAUCUCCAGUCAAUUCAGGCGCUGUUCAAAACCCCUCAGCAUGACCUGGCCGCCGAGUUAUGGAACAACUACAUGGACAAAAACAUGGUCGAAGGAUCCGAAGAUCUUCCGCCGCCUCGCCUGGCAAAUCUACUAUCUUCUUCGCCUCAAACGCCAGCUUCAGGGAGAACAAGUCGGGACUCUUCGGGAUUGAGAAGAUCAAUCAGUUGCGCCGCUGAGUGGCCGACAUCCCGAGGGAAGAGACGGCGGGUCAACCGACUUGAUCCAGGCUCUGGUCGAGGGAUUUUCUGUCGCACGACUAGCGAUGUCUUGGACUCGGGCAAGACGAAAUCAUCGAGAAUUAACUUUCUCCUUGAGAAGAUCGAGAAGAGCUUGCAGCCUCCGCAGCCGGCUGAAAUGGGCCCUCCUGGCUCCUCUCCACUGCGACAACGUGUGGAUGCAAGGAGAUGCCGCUCAUCGUCACCUAUAACGGACAGGAAGGGGCUUGGAGACACAGAAGCUGCCAAAGAAGGCCUUCUUGGUCUAGCCAGUGGUAACAUGAGAAAUGCCGAUGCUGCUCUCCAGGAGUCCUCAUCGGAAUUCGGUGACGACGACCUUGACCAAGACUUCAUGGACAUGGCCGAUGCCUCGGCGGACCCUUUCGUUGAAUCAGCAUCUAAUCGCAACGAGUUUGAGUCACUGGGUUCAUCUGCCUGGUCAAAUCUCGCCGCGGAAAAGCCACAAUCCAGUAAUCCCAAACAGCCACAUGCUGUCGACAAUAAAAUGCCUAUUGUGCAUAAAUUCAUGAAUAACGACUCCAAACGCGAUGACUCAGAUGACUUCGAAGACGACUAUGGUGACUUUAGCGACGAUUUUCAAGAUAUUUUUGCGAGUUGUGAUGGGAAUCCAGCCAAAGGCACUGCAGUUAAAUCCGGCCCCACGGAGCAUCAGGCUGUGAACCGAUCAGAUAUCACUACUCUCCCCUCCGUUGCAGAGGAGAACUUUUCUGGGGAUGAAUUCGAUGAUGAUUUUGACAUGGAUGCCAUCGAGCAAACCAUGAAGCAAGUUGGCGAGGAUGCAACUCACAACCUGAAAGAUCGAAAAGCCAUAAAACGGUAUCAGAUCAUUGACACCGCCGAAAGCCUGUAUGUCACGUCAAAAGGACGUACCCAGCCCGAGCAGGUGCUAUCCGUCGAGGAUGAGAAGACCAGGGCCCGCAAGGUUAUCAUUCUGCGCGAGUCGUGGUUUGAUACACCUUGCAGUAAAGACUCAUACAUUCAUCUGGUCGGAGACUUCGACUCGUCAGGCCAAUGUGUUGUUGAUAAUAUCAAUCACAUGGUCAUUCUUCACCCCGAUCAUCUCAUCUCCGCUACUGUCGUGGCAGACUCGAUUGACUGUCAAAGACGAGCGGUCCUUCAGGACCGUGUCAAGGCCUUUGGCCAGCUGGAGAAACCGCAAGCAUUUGGAGUUUUCUUCCACGAGGUCUUUCAGGAAGCCUUGCAGGUUAACAAAUGGGACUCGGGCUCGCUGAGGUCGCUGGUUGAGUCAAUCAUGCAGAAGCAUAUUGAAGACUUGUACUCGAUCAACAUGAGUGUUGCCGAAGCCGUUGAGGAGAUAAUGGGCAAGAUUCCGACAGUUCAGGCCUGGGCAGGUGAUUUUCUUCAGGCAACCCCUCAGGCCAACUCCCUGGUAGAGGACCGCAAUAGCUCCAAACUCAAUCUCAGCAUCAACAAGUUGCUUGAGGUAGAAGAGCACAUUUGGUCACCGAUGUAUGGACUGAAGGGCAACAUCGAUGCCACGGUCCAGGUCGCUUCUCGCGAGAAAGACGAAACAAGAACCCUUGUCGUUCCUCUUGAGCUGAAGACUGGAAAGCGGGACACAAACCAGGCUCAUCGAGCUCAAACGGCUCUCUAUACUCUUCUGCUCUCGGAUCGUUAUGACGUCGAUGUAACCUUCGGUCUCCUGUAUUACCUAGAAAAUUCUAGGACUCUUAGCAUACGUGGUAUUCGACAUGAGCUUCUUCAGAUGAUUCAAGUGCGAAAUCGAUUGGCUGGAUACAUUCGUGAAAGAUUGUCCCUGCCACCGAUGCUCAAGAAGGCGCGCAUGUGCAAUAGAUGCUAUGCGAAAACUCCUUGUCUCAUCUACCACAAACUGGCUGAGGACGGGGAUGGCGAGACAAGCGCACUUGGUGAGGACUUUGACUUAGCUACCGGUCACUUGAACCAUGGUGAUCGAGACUUUUUCCGAAAAUGGGAUGAACUUCUCACCAAAGAAGAGGGCAAUCUAGUGAAGUUCCGGCGAGAGCUGUGGACUUUACUGAGCAACGAGCGGGAGCCCCUAGGUCGAUGCUUUGGGGAUAUCGUGAUUGAUCCCCGCUCUGCUUGCGAGGAGCCAAACGGAACCAAGAUCAACCGCUACCGCUAUACUUUCUUCAAGCGACGGGCACCUCCAAACUUCUCUUUCGCAGAGUCGCAAAUUUCCGUCGGUGAGCCAAUCGUUAUCUCUGACGAGAAAGGCCACUUCGCAUUAGCAAAUGGAUAUGUGGUACAAUUGAGUGCAUCACACAUCACGGUUGUAGUGGAUCGAAAACUGCACAAUGCGAGAGCCCGAACUGCCGGGUUCGACGCAGUUUUGAAUCAGUCGUUCCGAGGCAUCAUGGAAAUCGGAAACGAUGAGCCUCCAGCCCUUGAAAACCCCGAUGAACAGAUGGUUUACCGAAUCGACAAGGAUGAGUUCAGCAAUGGCAUGGCCAUUGUCCGGAACAACCUGAUCUGCAUGAUGGACAAAGAUCUGUUCCAGGCGAGAAAUCUCAGACGACUCAUCGUCGAAGGCCAACCACCCGUCUUCAAGCCUUCAUCUUCAGCGUAUACGCUUUCCGACCCUAGCAGUCUCAACGUUGACCAGAAACAAGCCAUUGACAAGGUCAUGAGCGCAAAGGAUUAUGCAUUGGUUUUGGGUAUGCCUGGUACUGGAAAAACAACCACGAUCGCACAAAUCAUCAGAGCACUGGUUGCACUGGGGAAAAGUGUUCUGCUGACGUCGUACACGCACACGGCUGUAGACAACAUUCUGCUGAAAAUUCGAGAUGACAACAUUCGUGUUCUGCGCAUUGGCGCGACCACCAAGAUCCACCCGGAAGUCCAGGAGUUUGCAGACCUGGCGGCAAUUCCAAAGAAAACCAUCGAAGAGCUGAAAGAUUCCUGGGAGAAACCACAGGUCGUGGCUACGACAUGUCUUGGUGUCAACCAUAACAUUUUCAAUCAGCGAAUUUUUGAUUAUUGCAUUGUCGACGAGGCAUCGCAAAUCACGCUUCCCGUCUGUCUGGGUCCAAUUCGCAUGGCGAGGACUUUCAUCCUGGUUGGCGACCACUAUCAGCUUCCUCCCCUGGUGCAGAAUAAGGCAGCGCAAGAAGGAGGACUUGAUGUCAGUCUCUUCAAGCUUCUAUCUGAUGCACAGCCCGACUCGGUGGUCAAUCUAGAACACCAGUACCGCAUGUGCGAGGAGAUCAUGCUGCUAUCGAACACACUCAUCUACUCCGGUCGUCUGAAAUGCGGUACGCCUGAAGUUGCAGCCCGCUCACUGGAGAUUCCAAACAUCAACGCUCUGAAGCAAUUCCAUGCCGAUGGCUUCCACGCUUCCCAGCACCCGUACGAAAUCUGCCCCGGGGCAAGUGGUGGCAGUUGCUGGUUGAAGGACGUGAUCGAACCCUCCGCCAAAACUCUUCUGGUCAACACUGACCCUCUCGGAGCUGCGGCCCUGGAGAAUGCACAGGGGCAGCGCAUCGUCAACCACAUGGAGACUACACUGUGCUCUCAACUUGUGGAAGCAUUCAUCGCCAGUGGCAUCCCGGCGCGUAACAUCGGUGUCAUCACUUUCUACCGCAGUCAACUGGCCACCCUUCGCCAGAGCCUUCGCCGAUACACGCCAGACCUCGAGAUGCACACCACAGACAAGUUCCAGGGCCGUGACAAAGAGGUCGUCAUCCUCAGCUGCGUCCGCAGCAACGCCGAGAACCACGUUGGAGAACUCCUACGCGACUGGCGCCGUGUGAAUGUCGCUUUUACCCGCGCCCGCACCAAGCUUUUGGUCGUCGGGAGUAGAUCGACCCUUCGCGAUGGUAACGAACUUCUGUGCAAGUACAUCCGCCUUGUUGAAGGCAAAGGCUGGGUCUAUAACUUGCCCGAUGGCGCGGCCGAUAGUCAUGUUUUCGAGUCUGCGCAUCUUGACUCGACGCAGCUGCCGUUCCAGUCCCCACCGGCAAAGACUAAGAGAAGCCCUACUGUUCAGAAGGGAUCUCCUCCGUCUCGCAAUCCACUCAGCCCCCUGGGCUCUCGACAGCCAUCGUCUGGUCUACGGCAACCUGCUAAGAGAGGCACGAAGUUGUUUAAUGGUAACUCGGUUGUCGGAAACAGGCCCAUUAUUCAGGAUAUUGUGAAUGAUAUUUCCGGUUAA